UGUAUUGUGUGUUUUAUUUCAAUUUGAAUCAACUAACUUUUGCUUCGUACGGUUGUUUCCACUAAAAUUACCUUCCAAACUGAAUACGUCCCAGUGCAGCAUAAUGUGUGCCAGGCACUGUGUAACGCCUAACGCUUCGACGCGUUACGCAUUUGAAUUGCACUAGCACUGUCAAACUCAUGUGCAGUUUCGAACAGAAUGUAAACAAAACACUACCAGUUUCAUCGCUUUGCCACACUUUGCCAUUUGCAUCCGACGAAACAAAAGACGAUGGCAGCGACCGAACCAUCGAACCAGCGACCGGACCCCUUCCAAGGUAUGCACAUUGCGGACACGGACUUUCUGAUGAGCGUGGAGGGUCGAAGCUCCUGCACUGUCUGUGGGAAGUCGCGCAAGUUUUUCUGCUACACCUGCUAUGUCCCAGUCCCGGAAAUAGCAGCCCGUGUACCGCGCAUUUCCCUGCCAGUAAAAAUCGAUGUCAUAAAGCAUAGGAACGAAAUUGAUGGCAAAAGUACGGCGGUGCACGCUGCCAUCCUGGCGCCGGAUGAUGUUAAAAUCUACACGUACCCCGACAUCCCGGACUAUCGCGAGGAGAGCGGUGUGGUGUUGAUAUUUCCCACACCGACCGCGCUCACCGUGGCCAGCUUAUUUAGCGGCGAAACGUACCAGAUGAAAGAGAACUACGGUCUUCCCAAAGGAUACCAUAUGGGCACGCUGUUGCGCUUCCGGCUGAACGACAUCGUGGAUACACCGUUGCACCCCCGGGAGACGACUGAUGAGCGGAAUGGCGGUGCAGCGGAUUGCGACGGUGAGAGUUUCCCGGUAAAGCGAGCCGUAUUCAUCGACAGCACCUGGAGCCAGUGUCGGGGUAUUUACAAGGAUGAGCGGCUGUCGGGUUUGCGCACCGUUGUGAUACAGAACCGAAUUUCCCAAUUCUGGCGCCAUCAGCGCAACAGUCCGCGAUGGUUUCUUGCCACGGUCGAAGCCAUCCAUCAGUUCGUGCUGGAGGUGCACAUUGCUGCCUGGGGUCUGGACAGUCGAUAUCGGGGCUUGGAGCACAUUCACCUGAACAUGGAGCAGAUUCCGAAGGAGCGUAUUAUGCAUCCCGGUGAGAUGAACCCGGACGAAGUACCGCCGUACAACGGGCAGUACGACAAUGUGUUGUUCUUCUUUCGGCAUAUGUACAAUUUGAUACAUAAAUAUUACGACCACGAAAAGCUUAAAGCGUACAAGCGGCCGCUGUAUUAGAAGCGUAAUUCAUUGCGAAAAAAAAGAAGCAGAAAAAACGCUACUCACACGUUCUAAGACAAAUAGAUGAAUACAAGUCCAA